GGCUGUCGUUUUGCAGACCCAUCAAAAAAGCCAGAAAUUUUCCACCUUCCUCCACUGGCUGCCCAAAAUAAAAUAGGCAAAACGUUAGUUUUUAAAAAAUAAAAAAAUUUUCUCAUAGCAGAGCAGGCGAAUUAUCCGGUCACUUUUCUAGGUAACGAAGAGGAUUCCGAUAUUUCCCGAUCGCCAUCGAUCAGGGUUGAAUUGAAUUGAAUUCGGGGGAGAGCGCUUCUUUUCCAGAGGAGCAAGAUGAGUGAAGGUUUUGAAAGAUAUGAAAGACAAUACUGCGAGCUGUCGUCGAAUUUAUUGAAAAAGUGCAAGUCAGCCAGUCUUAUUGAUGGAGAGCGAAAGAAACAAAAAAUAUCUGAAAUAAAAGCUGGAGUUGACGAUGCAGAAUCUUUGAUCCGCAAUAUGGAUCUUGAGGCUCGAAGUUUGCAGCCAAAUAUAAAGGCAGUCCUGCUUGCCAAGCUAAGAGAAUACAAAUCUGAUCUGAACAAUUUAAAAAGUGAAAUGAAACGACUUGCUUCAUCUGACCUAAACCAGGCUGCACGAGAUGAGUUACUGGAGGCUGGAAUGGCCGAUAAACUAACGGUAUCAGCAGAUCAAAGGGCAAGACUUUUAACGUCUACUGAUAGAUUAGACAAGUCCAGUGACAGGAUCAGGGACAGUAGGAAGACCAUGCUGGAGACGGAAGAUCUUGGUGUUUCAAUUCUCCAAGACCUGCACCAGCAGCGACAGUCUCUUUUACGUGCUGAUAACACGCUGCAUGGUGUCGAUGACAAUAUAAGCGGGAGCAAGAAAAUAGUGACCAAUAUUUCGAGGAGGAUGAGCAGAAACAAGUGGAUUAUUGGGGCUGUAAUCACCGUCCUUGUUGUUGCCAUUGUGUUGAUUUUGUACUUCAAACUAUCCAAAUAGUUUUCUUCGAUGAUGUAUUGCAGUACCCAUUGUCUUGAUUUUGUUCUCGUGUGUGCACUUGAUGUUUGACUUGAUUAAUUGAAUGUGCUUCUGAGUACAAGAAGAUUUGAUUUCUUAUAGUGUUGGAUUA